AUGCGCGCGUCCGCCAGCGCACCCGCGCUCCACGAUGCGGGCAGCAAGCACGUCGACGGCCGCGCGCGGCGCGGGUCCGUGGGCCUCGCCGGCGGCGCCGCGCCCGGCCGCGCCCGGCGCGGGUCCGUGGGCCUCGCCGGCGCGCCGACGGCGGGCCACGCGCGGCGCGGCAGCAUCGGCGUCCCCGGCGCGUCGGAGGGCGAGGGCCGGCGCCAGUCCGUGGUCACGGGCGUCGACGACCCGUCCGGCGCGCUGCGCGCCGCGGCCAAGAUCGGCACGCGGCGCAAGUCCGUCGUCGAGGACUCGGGCGCGCUCGCGGCGGCGCGCCAGCUCGGCGAGGAGCGGGGCGUCGGCACGGCGCGGACCUUCGGCACCUUCUCGCGCGGCGGCCGCUACGGCAAGGGCGGCUGGGGCGCGGAGGCCGUCGCCGCGGAGCCGCUCGGGGUCCUCGACGCGCUUUUCCAGCUCAAGGCGCCCGUGACCGACGAGUUCUUCGCCGAGCCCGCGGCGCGCCGGACGCUGCGGCCCCAGUCCGCGGCCGCGCGGCGCACGCAGCAGGCCCGGGAGCGGCUCGCGACGCUGCAGCGGCGGCCGACGUCCGCGGACGCCGCGUUCCAGGACGGCACGUGCUUCGUGCACAUCGACGGGGGCGACGACGGCAGCGUCGCCGCGGAGACCCUGCGGCGGCUCCGGGACCAGCCGAGCCGCGUCCAGGUCGGGCUCUGGGCGUCGCGGGGCUGCCCGUCGCCGUCGGGCCGCCAGUCGCCGCCGAAGCUCGACGCGGCGCUCGCCGCGCGGGAGCGCCACUCCGUGCGGCUCCGCGCGGCCAAGGACCGGCGCGACGACCUGGACGCCGCGGCGGCCGCGAAGCGCGAGGACGCGGCGCGCCGCGACGCGCGCCGCGACCGGCGCCGCGCGGAGGCGCCCGUCGCGGCCGCGUGGCUGCGGCUCGCCGCGCUCGGCGCGCGGUGCCGCGUCGCCGGCAACGAGAUGGAGGCGGACCGCAAACUGGCGCUCGACCCCUUCUGGAGCGACGACGACGACGACUCCAGCGACGCGGCCGAGCCGCCGCGCGACGCGCUCGCGGACGCCGCGCGGAACCGCCGGGGCAGCCUGGCGCCGGAGCAGCCCCAGCGGGACACGCCCCUGCAGCGGCGCCGGUCCCGCGCGUCCUUCUCGUCGACGGACGGCUCGCCGCCGCCGCUCCUGCGGCGGCGGUCGUCGUUCGGCGAGCAGGCGCGGCGCCACUCCGUCGCGCACCGCCACCGGCGGAAGACGCAGCACCUCGUCUUCACGGAGGCGGCGACGAAGAUCAAGCGCUGGUGGAUCGCCGAGCGCUACCGGCGCUUCGCGCGGGAGCUCGGCGCGCAGCGCCUCCAGUGGUUCGAGGGCACGAUGCGGCGCUACAUCACGCGGAUCCACCACCGCUACAAGCUCGCGAAGCGCGCCGUCUCCGCCGACGUCGUCGCCGAGUUCCUGCGCGGCGCGGCGGUGUCGGGCAAGUACGCCAUCCGCCGCAUGCAGCAGGCCGUGCGGUGCUUCCAGCGCGUCGCGCGGAACUGGAUCGCGAGCCGCCACCAGGGCAGGAACAGGGUGAUUCAACGCCGCCACGCGCGCGUCGCCGUCCUCGAGCGGGCCUUUCUCCGCGAGGAGCGACGGUACCGCGACGAGCUCGGCCUCAUGCGCAAGCACCGCCAGUCCGUGGCCAUGCGCCACAUGGCCAAGGACCCCGCGUUCUCGGAGCGGGCCGUCGCGCUGGAAGCCGCGAACACGAAGCUCGCGAAGCUCCUGAGCCUCAACGGCAACGGCGUCACGGCGAAGCGCCUGCGCCGCCGCGCGAACCGCGACACGGCGAAGAAGUGCGGCGCGGAGCACGACGAGGACGGCCGCGCGUCGCGCGAGUCGGGGUCGUCGGGCCGCGCGUCGCCCGAGGGGACCCACCGCUGCCUCGCGCUGCUCCACGUGAACAAGCACCUCGGCGGCGACGCCGUGCCGGAGAAGGACGCCUACGACUACGCGCCCUGGCGCCGCGCGGACCGGCGCGCCUACGUCGAACGGCUCCUCGUGGCCCAGCGGACGGCGCACCAGGACGCGGCCUACGCGUCCUACUACGCCUUCCUCAACAACAUGCACACCGUGGACAAGGAGGACGUGCGGAGCCUGCUCAACGACACGGUCGACGUCGACUACAUCGACAACUGCCUGCUGAUGGUCAAGCCGGAGUACCGCGCGGAGCGGUUCCCGCCGUUUUUGAUGCUCACGCGGCCGGGCGGCGCGCUGCGGGCCAUGCGCGACGACGUCAAGCGGGAGCACCGCGACGCGCGCACGCGGGCGAAGCGGCGCCAGUCCGCCGUGGCGCUCCUCGGCGGCCCGCCGAAGGAGCGCGCGGCGCCCGCGCUGUUCGCCAAGGGCGCGCGGCGCCGCCGGUCGUCCGCCGGGUUCGCGAAGAGCGUCCCCGUCGGGUCCCAGCCCGCGGGCGACUCGCGGCCCAGCGCGACGACGGGCGACGGCCCCUUGCUCAGCGGCUUGAGGACGCCCGACGUCGUCGGCGUGAAGGCCGGCGGCCGCGCGAAGGGCGCGGGCUCGCGCGCGCGCAUGAGUGCCAUCCCGAAGUCGCCGGCGGCGAAGGGCUACCGCAAGGCGCCGUCCGGCGAGCCCCCGUCCGCGGACGUCGAUGGCGAGCGCGGCGAGAAGGCGGCGCGGAGCGCGCUCAAGGUGCUGCGCGCCGCCUGCGCCACGCUCCUCUACCUCGUGGCCGGCCCGUCGCUCAUCUUCCUGAACAAGCACAUCAUGGUCGAGGUCGGCUUCCCCUACGGCGCCUUCCUCUCGCUGCUCGGCGUGGGCACGUCGGCCGUCGUCGCGAACGCGGCGCUCGCGCUGGGCCUCGCGCCUUCCGAGCAGGUCGCGGCGAUGACGGCGCAGUUCUACGCCGCGCGCGUCGCGCCCAUCGGCCUCGCCCUCGCGGGGACGCUCGUCUUCGGGAACAUGGCCUACCUCCACAACAGCGUCGCGUUCGUGCAAAUCCUCAAGGCGUUCGCGCCUGUCGUCCUGCUGUGCCUCCUCUUCUGCUCGCGCCUCGAGCGCGCGACGCCCAUCCUCGUCGCGUCCAUCGCCGUCAUCGUCGCGGGCACGGUCGUCGCCGUCCAGGGCGAGCUCCACUGCUCGCCCCUGGGCGUCGCGAUCAUGUUCGCGUCGGAGUUCUUCGAGGCCGUCAAGCUGUUGAUGAUGCAGAUCCUGCUCGUGGACCGCAAGUUCGGCGCCGUCGAGGGCCUCGCGGUCAUGGGCCCCGCGGCCGUCGUCGCGCUCGCCGCCUUCUCCGCGGCGUCGGAGGACGUCGCCGACGCGGCGUCCAAGGUCGCGGCGCACCCGCUCCUCUUCGCCGCCGCGUCCCUCGGGGGCCUGGUCGUCAACUUCGCGACGAACAUGAUGCUCGCGGCGACGUCCGCGCUCACGCUCCGCAUCACGUCGCUCGUCCGGAACAUCUCCGUCGUCUUCGUCUCCGCGGUCGUCUUCCGCGACUCCGAGGUCACGGGCCUCGAGGGCGUCGGCUUCCUGCUGAGCGUCGCGGGCAUCGCCCUCUACCAGCACGCGCGCCGCUUCCCCACGGCGACGCUCGGCUCCGCGGCGGGCGACGCGGCGCGCGCGGCGCGCCGCUGCGUCCCCCGCGCGGCGCCGCCGCCCUGCUGCAUCCAGGACUCGGGGCUGAUGGCGUCGGGGGUAUAA